AUGGCAAGAGAUUGUUUUAAUGCAAGUCCUAAUAUAGAUCUAAAGUUACGUCUUAUAGGAAGAAGACAACAUGAUGGAAGGACAUAUAACCUACCUACCGCUUCUGAGGUUGCUGCUUUAAUUGUUGGUGACAUUGGUAAUUCAAUUGAUAAUAGAGAUAUCAUCGUAAAAACUAAAUCAGGCAGUCUACAACGUAUAAAUGAAUUGCAUCCUGCUUACCUUGCUCUUCAAUACCCACUGCUCUUUCCUUAUGGGGAUGAUGGAUAUCGAGUUGACAUCCCUCAUAGAGAUAUUUCGAAUAUUGGACAGCGUGUGAUAUUGCCUUCUUCUUUUACUGGUGGUGCACGCUACAUGAUGCAAAACUAUUUAGAUGCCAUGUCACUUUGUAAGUGGUUUGGCUACCCAGAUUAUUUCAUAACUGUAACAUGCAAUCCAAAGUGGCCCGAGAUUCAAAGGUUUAUUGCUGACACAAACCUCAAACCCGAAGACAGACCAGAUAUCCUAUCUAGGUUGUUCAAAAUGAAGCUAGAUUCAUUGAUUAAAGACUUAAAGAAAAAUUCAUUAUUGGGUUCGGUCGAAGCAGCUGUUUAUACGGUGGAGUUUCAAAAGCGCGGCCUACCUCAUGCUCAUAUAUGUCUAUUCAUGCACUCUGAUUACAAGCUCCCAACCGUUGAACAUAUUGAUCGUGUUAUUUCUGCUGAAAUUCCAAACAAAGACGACGAUCCAGAAUUGUAUGCACUUGUCAGCGAGUUCAUGAUGCAUGGUCCUUGUGGUAGUGAUAAUCCUAAAUGCCCAUGCAUGAUUGAUAACAAGUGUUCAAAAAACUUCCCAAAGACAUUCACAGAGCAUACUUCGGUUGAUGAAAAUGGUUAUCCAAUAUAUAAGAGACGUAAUGAUGGAUCUUUUGUUGAAAAGUCUGGUGUUAAGUUAGACAAUAGAAGUGUGGUUCCAUAUCACAAACUGCUUUUGAAAAGAUACCAAGCUCACAUUAAUGUUGAGUGGUGCAAUCAGGGUGCUUCCAUCAAAUAUUUGUUCAAAUAUAUUAACAAGGGUCCUGAUAGGGCUACUGUUGCGGUUGUACCAAACAACAACGCAGAUGAUAAUGACGAUGUAGUUGACGAAAUAAAAAACUACUACGAUUGUAGAUAUUUGUCUGCAUGUGAAGCUUCGUGGCGUAUAUUCAAAUUUGAUGUUCAUUUCAGGACUCCUUCUGUUGUGAGGCUUCCUUUUCAUCUUCCUGGACAACAAAAUGUUGUAUACGGUGCUGACGAUGAUAUUGAAGAUGUCCUCAAUAAACAGUCUGUUUCUUCUUCGAUGUUCUUAGCUUGGAUGGAGUGUAAUGAACAUAAUAAGGAAGCACGUAAGCUUUCUUAUGUUGAAUUUCCUACCAAGUUUGUUUGGAAAUUGAAGGAUCGUUGUUGGAAGCCAAGAGAAAAAGGAUUUUCUAUCGGUCGAAUUCACACCGUCUCUCCUAAUGUUGGUGAAGCAUAUUUUUUGAGAAUCCUUUUAAAUAAAGUCAAAGGUCCGAAAUGUUUUGCAGACAUUCGUACGGUUAAUGGACAUGUGUGUGCUACUUUUAGAGAGGCGUGUUAUGCUCUUGGACUUUUGGAAGAUGAUAGGGAAUAUAUUGAUGCAAUUGAGGAAGCAAGUCAUUCAGGUUCUGGAUAUUAUUUGCGUUAUUUAUUUGCAACUAUGCUGAAGUCUAAUAGUUUGUCGAGACCGUACUUUGUCUGGGAAAAAACUUGGCAAUACUUAUCAGAUGGAAUUCUCUACAAUCAACAACUAAGAUUAAAGGCACCAGGUUUAUCGCUUGAUGAGGAUCAAGUUAAGAACUUGACACUUUAUGAGAUUGAAAAAAUUUUACUCCAAAACAAUUCAAGCCUCAAAGAUUUUGAUGGGAUGCCUUACCCUGAUCAUGAGUCUAUAUCUUCUUCAAAUAAUCGAUUGAUUACGGAGGAGCUAGAUUUUGACAAAUCGAUUACGGAGGAGCUAGAUUUUGACAGGACGACUCUAUUACAAGAGUUUUAUCAGCUACUUGGUUCAUUAACAGAUGAACAAAGAGGUGGCCGACACCACCAUCGGUUCUGUAAAGGGUUUAGGGUGACGGUGGUUCUCUUUACUCCCUUCUUGACACUGUGGAGGUGGUUGCUUCAUGGCACUGUGGUGGAUCCGUGGUGA